UAUAGCAUUAACUAUAUAAUAGUUUUAAAACAAUCUAUAGACAUCCGUAAACAAUAAGUCAAGAUGCCGCGAAUAUUUUAACCGGAACCUUCCUUAUAUUAUUGAUACUGUCGAUUCUUGAACUAGAGCACACAACAUUGGUCCUUCCAACCGCGCGACGGUUGAUUUUGUCCCUACACAAACAGAACAGUACCAGUCAACUUCUUGUCACUGUCUUUCAGUCAUAAAUCUGUGGGGUACUUGACAAAAAAGUGGUCAGUGACUCCACUACCAUGCGCUAGCAGAUUGUAUUUACAAUGUCUACAGUCAAGGGGCGACGUCCACCAGAGCACAACACGGGUCCUGGACGAUCCAGACGUACAAUCAAUUAUUUAUCCCGAACAAUUUCUUACAGAGUCGGAUACAGCUGGAACAAAGGUGGAAGACUAAAGGAGCUGAGGAUAAGGCACCUGGCGCGGAAGUUUCUUCACAUAUGGAGGAUUAAUACUUUUGGGCGAGUUCAUCCAUGGAAAGCCAGAGCUUACCAUAACCAAAGGGUAAUUAAGAAAGCAUUCGGUGGUUGGAGGGAUGAAUGGUGGACAUCCAGAAGAGAGUGGAGUCUCUCAAUUCGGGCAGAGUGCCAUUUUAGGUAUUACCUGUACAGUCAGUCAUUCCAUUGCUGGCAGAAGUUUGUCUCUGUGGAAAAGGAUAAGAAGAAAAUACUUCAAAAGGCUGCAUGCUUUGAUGAAAGGCGGCGUAUGCGCGCUGCCUUGGAUUGCUGGGAAGUGUACCUAGAGAUGAGGCAAACGAAGCGUAGGAUGUUGGAAUCAGCUCUCCAGUUUGAGAGACUUGCAUCUCUUCGUUCAACAUGGACUUUGUGGCAGUCUGGAUUGCAGCGUCGAUACAACGAUUGCAUUCUGGAGGACAGUGCACUGCAGCACUGGGCUCUGACUCUACAGAGCAGGGCAUGGCUUCAAUGGAGAGAAAUGUUUGUAGCUGUCUGCUCUCAGAGAGAGAGGGAGUCCAAGGCUUCAAUUCAUUACAUUCAUGGGCUUCAGCAGAAAGCUCUUGGUAGCUGGAUAGGUUAUGUUCACCACCGCCUAGCUAAAGGGAAGCCACAAGCAGGGGCUGUGCAUGCCUUGCACCUCAGGCUGGCCAGGAGAAGUUGGAAUAAGUGGCACGAUAGAUACCAGCUGAAACAGAGAGAAGAGGACCAAUUGCAAUCUGCUUACCACCUGGCACAGCUCAGCCUGCAGCGCAUGGCAUUUGGACGCUGGAAAAUGUAUGUGGAAUUGGGUGUGCAAAAGGCUGAAAGAGAAAUUGCCGCAAACCAACAUUAUCAUCAUCAUCUGUUGCAUGCGGGGCUCAGAAGGCUCAAAAUGAAUGUCACGUUUCGCAAAACACAUCAGCUUAACAAGAAUGUUGCUCUGCUGCAUUUUCAUCACACUGUAACAGAUCGUUACUGGAAGUUAUGGCAUGUUUCCCUUGAGGAGGCUGAGAACAGGAAACUACAGCCACAAAUGGAGAUUGCCGUGACACACCACAGUACUUUAGUCAUCAGAAAAUGCAUACACCUAUGGAGAGAACAACUUGCUGAGUGCAGGGUCAUGCAGAAGCUGGAACGCUGUGCUGACGCCAGGUUUGCUGGCCAUAUCUUGCCUCGGUGCCUCAACUCCUGGGUGGGAUUUACUCUUCAGAGGAAACUGAAAAGAGCAAGGAGGGGGCGCGCAGAGCUCCACAAUCAGCAGCGGCAGUGCAACUGGGCCUUGUACACAUGGUGGAGUCAUUCAGAAGAGAGAAAGCAGCAGAGGCUGUCUGAGAGGAUGGCUGUUCUGCAUGCUGAGCGGACACGUGUGCAGGACACCUGGAUCUACUGGAGAAAACAAACGUGUCAGAGACAAGAGGAGAGGGAGAAACAGAAGCUCUCUGACACACACUACGCACACACGUUGCUCCACAAGACGCUGAACGAGUGGAAGGACAAUGUCACAGAUAUCAUCGACCGGAGAAACAGGGAGGGGCAGGCUGAUUAUCUUGGGGACCUUUGCUGUAUGAGAAGAGCCAUGAGUGGCUGGAGCAUGUAUGUCCAGUACAAAAAGGAGAAAAUCCACAAGGGGGAGCACAUCGAUCAUUACUAUGAAAACAAACUCCUAAAACACACCCUGCAUGCCUGGAAGGAUCACCAGCACCAGGCCCAGGAGGCCUUUGCCCAUGUAGAGGACCGCUACAGUAUGCAGCAGCAGCACUCUCUAAGGAGGCUUCUGGGUGUGUGGAGGGAGAAUGCGGUCCUCUCAGCUGAGAUGAGGAGGAAAGAACGGAGAGCAGAAAGGCACUUUCAGCUCUCCCUGCAGAUCAAGGUGCUGUUGGCAUGGAGACGAUUCACUUCAGGCACUGUGUCAAAGUGUCACCAGCAGAGGGAGGCAUUGAACCAGGCUUCAAGUCACAUGGAUCUCUUGUGUCUGCAGCGGACUGUCAAGAGAUGGAGGGCACGAAGAAGAGAGGUUUUGGAGGAGAGGACUGGCAUGGAGAAGGCCAGAGAACACCUUCAGUCUACGCUUCUUUGCAAAGCUUUUAGAGUGUGGAGUGCACACCACCAACAACAGCAGUGCAAUAAGGGUCUGAAACAGAGAGGAACCUUACUGCUGAGACAGAAGACAAUCAAGCACUUCUUUGAGUGCUGGAAAGUUGCGCUGCAGGGCAGAAAGAGAGAGACUGAGCAGACAGAGCUGGCCCUCUGGCACUGGUCCCUUAGUCUGCAGGCCAAGGUGCUGGAGGCAUGGAGACUGUGGGUGUCAGAGCAGCACAGGAAGCAGCAGAGACUGGCUACGGCAGUGCACUUCUACAGACACCAGCUGCUGAAGGAGGGAGUCACUAGCAUCCUUACACACGCUGCUCACAUGAGCAGCUUCCACAGCAGCAUGGCACUGCACAGCCAGGAACAGAACUCUCGUCGGCUCCAAGGGCUAGUGCUGCGCUGUGCCCUGAAAUGGAAGCAUCUGGCCCUGUGUAGUCCAAACAGGGUGCGACAGGUCAGGGCAGUGACACAGAAAAAGAGCGUGACCUUUUGUCUACCUGCAUGUGGCACCAAAGGCCCCUCACAAAGGGCCGAGCAAGAAGCAGGACUCCUCAACCAAUUGGUGGUGGCCCGUGCCUCCCGACUUCAGCCUCGGCGUCCCAGAGAUCUACUAGACUCACCAGUCAAAGAGCUUUUACAUAAAAGUACCCAAGGGCUGCUUACAGACACCAAUGCUGCUUCAAACCAAGAGCUCCCAGAAUACUUCCACGGAACAGCACACCAGGAUGUUCUGUUACCCCCUUCCUCCUUCAUGACCAUCCACCAUUCAACCACGAUGAGGCAGGUCCACAGCUUCUGUCCCAGAGAGUCUCCUGUCAUCCCAUCAUCUCCCCUAGGUGUUUGUUUAAAAGGAAAUGAUGAGGAGGAGGAGUGCAUCCAGUCAGAAUGUGAUCCAGCUUUAUCUCUGAGCAGGGAGAUGCUCAGCAUUCGCCUGGACAUGCAGCGCUUCAAGCAAAAUAAAAAGCAGCUCCAGACUUGGCAAAGGCUGAAAGAGGUGUUGAAGAACUGGCUGCAGUCAAGUGAAGGUGAAGGAGAGACUAAGGAGAGGAAUGACACAAGUCACGAGUUAGCAGAGCUUGAGGAGCGUAUCAGAAGAUUAUCCGAUGAAGUGACGGAGCAGAAGCCAGUGAUGCGUCUUCACGCUGCCAGGGUCCACAACAUUGAGUGUGUCCUCCUCAGCUCUGGACAUGCCUCUCUCAGCAGGACACCAGAACACAGAGCCACUGAUCAACCCUCUGUGCUCACCAGAUAACACACACAAACACUAGACUGCAGUGGAAUGUCUGUAGCUAACACACAAAACACACUGGAUUGGAAUCGAUACAUGUCAAUAGUUUGUAAUGCAAGAGCAUGAUAAUAGUGUCAUUAUAGAAAGAUUGAAUAAAAUAUUU